AUGGCUGUCGUUUGGGAGAUCGUGAAGCCGGUGCGCAGGCAGCCACCGCUGCGUGACCGGUCCUACGACGAGCACAAGGCGAAAUGCAUGGCCGCCGUGCUGCCCUCUGUGGAGGCAUCGAUGCGUGAGAAGGAUGCAUGUCGCAUCGUCAUGGAAGCCACAAACAUGAGCAGCGCCGCGUUCUGGACUGUGACACAGGUUCGAAGGUGCAUAGCAGACAGCGUCAUGUUUCCGGAUGCCGAGGAGGAGCAGCUUGACCUGGAGUCGAAGCGUGCGCUUUGUCUUCGUGAGGCCCUGCCGGAUACGCCUGAAGCUGAAAGGGCCGUCGCAUUUCGCCGAGCUGCCCAGGAGGCCAAUGCACUCACGAAACGGCACACUGAUCUGAGGCAGAAAAACAGCUUGGCACCGGCAGCGGGCACCCUGAGGAAUAUGAACACCAGGCCACUAACGACCUUGGAAGUAAGCAACUGUGCGACCACAAUAUUCGUUGCAGGGAAUGAAACAAUAGCGUCGGCGCUCAGUUAUCUGACAUUUGUCCUCACCAAGUACCCGGAUCUCGAAGACAAAGUGCGCCAAGAAGUCGUCGAUACAUUUUCUGAUCAGGACAAACUGGAAUUCGAAACUCUCAUGAAAAGACUGAAUUACCUCGAACAAGUUAUCAGCGAGACAUUGCGGCUCUACCCUCCAGGUCUCACCUUCGUGACGAGGCAAGCCAACGAGGACUUCGCCCACAAAGGCACGCUGUUCAAGGCCGGGACGUGCUUCAUGGUGCCGCUAUACCAGAUCCAGAGGGACCCGCGUUUCUGGCCCGACCCUCUGCAAUUCAACCCUGACAGGUUCGCCCCCGAAAACGAAGCUCAGCUGGUAAAGGCGGCGUAUAUGCCUUUCGGUGUUGGGCAGCGAAACUGCGUCGGCAAAAGCAUGGCCAUGCUGACGCUGAAGCUGGCGAUGGCGAAGCUGCUGCUCAAGUACCACCUUGAGCUCGGCCCUUCGCAAAAGGGUGAAAUGCAGAUAAGUUCACGUGCGAUGGUGUCGACACCUACGAGAGGACCCUGGAUCAUCAUCCGCCACAUCAAUGGGCACCUAUAGCAAUAUUUCACUACGAAAGUUUACGAACCAGGCAAACUCGCCAUCUGGUAGCCCGUACAGGAAUGGUCGUGUCUGAAGCUCUCGCCACGAAAUACACGCGCCCACAGUUGGUCACACAUGAAUUAGCGGUCCCAUAUCAGGGCUGGCCUGACCGUUUUAAUACGUAGUGUAAAGGAAUCUUCCCAUUCGCUGUGAAAGGCCGCAUGCUUACCAGAACACCGUGUACUUACAAGUGUUGCCAAGAGAGUGGAGGGAACUGAGUUCUCCUGCAAGUCUCCUGAAUUUCUCAAUUUUGCAGGUGUACAUAUGCAUCUACGCACGCACAUACAAACUCACAAACAUGCCCAAAGUGUAGCGGAAGCUCCCUCCACCCCCACCUACUUGCUUCCUCACGAAAAAAAAUUGUAUUUAUUAUGGAACUUUAUCUUGUAUUUCGAAGUAUCACGGACCCAAAAAUUUGAUCACAUGUGACGUAUAUCAUAUCACAAGGCGCAUAUCACAAGUAACGAGAAGACAGGUCGUCAGAGAGGAGAAUGCUUACGAGCAAUACAGUAGGUUAGCCUCUUUAUUCGUCUGACUUCGGAGGAACGUAAAUCCAAAUGCGCGCCCUUCCAGAACGCUUCUGUUAAAACUGUGGACGUUCUUUGUGGACCAUGGCAUGAUUAAUAUUGCGUCGAUGCGUAUUAUAUCUUAGUUAUCCAGAACGCGUAAGCAGGAUUACAGGCUUAGUAGCGUUGUUUUAAAUGGCGAAAGGUUAUUUGAUAGAAGCAAGAAUAUUGACAGCAUCGAGCAAAUUACAGAGCAUUGAUCAUCUUGACCACUGUUUAAGUUUCAACGAGGUUUCAUUACCAUCAGCUUCAUCGUUGCUAUACAGUCAUCAUCAUCGCUAUGACCAUUGUACACUUAGCUUAUGUCACGUGUGUGUGUGUUGGGGGGGGGGGGCUAUAGCAGCAAUUGAGUAAAUAGAUUCACAGAAAGACAACACAUGCAGUUUUACGUGUUAUGUUCAUCCAAGUGCGAGAUAUACGAAUUCCAACUCUUUUAUAAUACAUAUUUUUGCACGCUCACUGAACGGUCACCCAAUGAGGUGAUGCGGUGAGAGUAGAAAAUAUAGAAAGAAAGCUAUGCUCUGUUAUGCAGCGUUGCUGGCAUGAAAUAAAACAUCGGAUUGAUUGAGUCAA